GGAAGGGGGCGGCUGAUGCGGCUGGAUAUCACAUCCACGCGUCGCCAACUACUGAUCACAAAAUAUCUCUCCUUCUUUUUCUUUUUCUUUGAAGAGAUGAAAAAAGCCAUGUCCGGCUGCUCGGUGUUGUUGCCGAAACACGUUAGAAGAGCGGUGUCGGUACUCGGCUGGGGGCGCGGAGGAACCGAACCACUUUGUGGAGUUGAGCGGCGGCGGAGCUACAUCAUCGACACGUCCUACUCGGGUCACUUCAUGGAUUACCAGCGGUCGUCCAUACCGACCUCCAUGAAGAAGAUGGUCGCGGAGAAGCUGAGUCCAGAUUUCAGAGAGGCCGUGCGUGUGCGAACCGUGCCCGUACCGACACCCGGAGAUGCCGAGCUGCUCGUCAUAAAUCGGUUUGUGGGAAUUAACGCAUCUGAUAUUAAUUACUCUGCGGGCCGGUAUGACCCUUCGGUGAAGCCUCCAUUCGAUGUUGGCUUUGAGGGUAUUGGUGAGGUGGUUGGCCUCGGCCUCAGCGCCAGCUCCCGUAAUGCCAUCGGGGACACUGUGGCCUACUUCAACAGUGGCUCAUUUGCUGAGUACACAGUGGUGCCAGCCAAAGUGAGUGUUUCCGUCCCCUCGGCGAAGCCAGAGUUCCUCACCCUGCUGCUCAGCGGUGCCACAGCCUACAUCGCCUUGAAACGCCUUGGUGACCUGACCAAAGGUGAGACCGUUCUGGUCACAGCAGCUGCAGGAGGAACGGGACAGUUUGCUGUGCAGUUCGCUAAACAGGCUGGUUGUCACGUGGUCGGUACCUGCUCCUCCACUGAAAAAGCUGGCUUCCUUAAAUCCAUCGGCUGCGACAGGCCAAUAAUCUACACUGAAGAAGACUUGGCCAAGACGCUGAGGAAAGAAUAUCCACGUGGUAUAGAUGUGGUGUAUGAGUCAGUUGGAGGUAGACUUCUAGAAGUUGCAGUGAAUAAUUUGGCCAAUAAAGGCCGGCUGAUAGUAAUCGGGUUUAUCUCUGGAUACCAGAGUGCAUCAGGGAUCCCGGCUUUAAGAGGAGGAACACUGCCUGUCAAACUGCUCCAGAGGUCGGCCAGCAUUCGGGGCUUCUUUCUGCCACACUUCCUGAGUGACUAUAAGGAGUCCCUGGGGAGUAUGAUGCAGAUGUUUGCAAAGGGGGAGCUCGUGUGCGAGGUGGACUGCGGUGACUUAACACAGGAGGGGAGGUUCGUUGGUUUGGAAUCAGUCUUCCGAGCUGUGGACUACAUGUAUGCUGGGAAAAACCUAGGCAAGGUUGUGGUGGAAUUGGCACCACCCACUGUUGGUAACAGUAAACUGUGAGUUUAUUAUUACCCAAAACUCAGACAUAUUAUGAUGGUUAACUUAAAAACAAAGAACCUCAGCCAUGAAUAA